AGACCGCGGACGAUGCUCCGACUGGAGGAGGCCGAUUCCGGCCAACAUCCGUCAUCCUCCUCCAACUCCAUGGGUUUUGCAGCUAUUGCAUCGGCUAGAGAUAGCUGGAUGGCUAGCCCGCGGGAGCCAGCCCAACAGCAGCAACAACAUGCAGGCCCCGCCACGCGCGGUACAGCUGCUUGGACCGCAGCUUUCGGGGGCGCCAAGACCGGGCCCGGGGACGAAGAGCUGCGAGAGCUACUGGAAGAGGUGUCCGCGAUACCGCUCCAGGCAAUGCCUGUGGCGCCUACACGCACCGAGGUGCUGCGGGCGCUGCAGCGCCGCCGGCUCGUGUGGGAGGGGACCCAGGCCGCGGUCACGGCCGCCGCAUUGCGGCGGCAACAGGGCAGCGCGGAGGACGACGAACAGGAACUGCAACAGGGAGCGCAGGGCGGCGUGGAGGACGAGGAGCAGCAGGGAGCAACGCACCACGACUGUGAUGAAGAGGACGACCUUGACUACGACAAAGCCCGAUUGCCCGGAGGCGCGACGGCAGGCGCCGACGGAGUGCCGGCACCUGCCGAGGCAGCGGCUGCAGUAGCAGCAGUAGGAGCGGCUUGGGCGCAGCCGGUAAAGCUGGUGGUGGUGCCAGGCGUGGCUCGGGGAGUGCCUACGCAGCACUCGGCCGCGUCGCCGGCUGCGGAACUGCAUCGGUCACUGGUGGAGGGGCAGGAGGGAGAGGUGCUGUCUGGCGGCGCGGGGACCUCCAGCCUCAUAUCGCCGGUGCUGGAGCAGCUGCUGGCGCUGAGGCAGGAGCGGGAGGAGCGGCAGCGGGGCCGCCAGCAGCCGCAGCCCAAGGCACAGGCGCAGCAGCAGCAGCAGCAGCCCAAGGCACAGGCACAGGCGCAGCAGCAGUACGGCGAGGCGCAUGGCGCGUGCCCGCCUGCUAACCCCAUUGGCACGAACCGCAGUGGCACCAGCAGCCCCACCCGCAAGUCGCCGGCACGGCGGGCGGCAGGAGCAGCAGCAGCAGCCCCACUUGCCGCGCCAAUGGCGUCGGCAGGCAGCUACGGCGCCCGUGACGCCAAGAGCGCAGCAGCCGCGCGAUCGCCGACAGCGCGCCUGUGCACGGCAGCCGGACUGCAGCGUGACGGCAGUAGCAGCGGCACUGGCGGCACCGGCAGUAGCAGCUCGCCAGCUGUGGGCAGGCUGGACCGGCAGCAGCAGCUGGCCGGCGGGCUGGCGGCCUCGGAAGCCAGUGCUGCUACAGCCGCGGCGGCAGCGCCCGCCGUCCUCCUAGCUGAGCAGCCCCAACCUCGCCUGACCUCCUUCCCCGGCCCCUGGCGCGGCAAGAGCUGGGAGGCAGGCUCCGGCGCCGCGCCACUGCCGCCAGCGCCGCCAAGCGCAACAGGGGCAGCAGCCGCAGCUGCGGCCAUCGUCCCUCGACUGGCGCUGCCUGGCGCUUCCAUGAACGGUGCCGCAGCCGCAGCCGCUACCACGCCAGCCUCUGCAGCUGCUACAGCUGCUACAGCUGCCCCUGGCGAUGCCCACGCACCGCCGCCGCCGCCGCCUCCCGGAACCAGCAGCCGCCACGGCGUGACGCUGCGGCCUGCCGCCGCCGCCGUACCCGGCGCCUCCAGGCACCUCUCGGGAGCAGCGCCCGCCCCUGCCGCGCCCUCGUCUCCCGGCCUUCCCGGCGCCUUCCCGGCUGGCAGCGUGCGGCGCGCCGCCCUUGCCAGCCGCUCCUUCACACACGGCUUCAGCGGCGCCUCUGCGGGCGCCGCAGCCGCGUCGAAGACGCUCCAACCCCAGCACUUUUCGCAUCUGCAGCCCCAACCGCACCCGCAUCCGCACCCACCUUCAGAGCCACAACCAUCCGGCCCACCACAGUUUAUUCUGGAGCCGCGACUGUCGUACGUGGCUGGGCCGCCGGGGCCUCACCUGCCACACCUGCCGCCGCGGCCGCCGUCACGUGACGGUCGGCCUGGCGACCUGACGUGUCGCUCAACCGGAGGGCUGGGCGCUUUGGAUGAGCCGUACGCGCCCGGUAUGGGCGGCCCCGGCUACGCCGCGGCUGAGUCAGGCCUUGGCAUGGGCGCGGACUCGGCUUUGCUCGGCGGUGAAGAUGAGUCUGACAGCGAGGAUGGGGCGGAGGAGGAGGAGGAGGAGGAGGAGCAGGAGGAGGAGGAGGAGGAGGAGGAGGAGGGCGUGCCGGUCAGCAGUGAGGAGCAGGCGAAGCUGCUGCGGCAGUGGCACGAGUGGCGCAACAGCGGCCGGCCACUCUCCGGCGAGUCUUCGAACGAGGGGGAGGAUGGCGAGGGGUACGAGUAUGAGCGAAUCUCGGUUACUGGCGCCGGAGAGGAGGUCGACCGCGAGGGCGAGGGCAGAGGCGAGGGUGAGGCGAGGGGUGACCGGUGCAGUCCAGCCGCCACUGGCACCGGUGAUGGCGCUUCCUACUGCAGCCGUGACGUCAGCGCUCUGCUGGUCAGCCCUGGCGGCGGCGGCGGCGGCGGCGGUGCCGGCGUUGCUUGCGGUGCGGCGGCGUUCCGGAGUGACGGCAUACCGCCGCCUCUCCGCCCGAGCACCAUGACUGGCAGUGGCGGCGGCGGUUGCGGCGGCGGCGGCGCAGCCGGCGGCGCUGACGGCGUCCUGCACUCCCCCGGCUUGCCCUCCCCCGCCUUCCUGGUAGCAGGCUGCGCGGCGGGUGUGGCUGCAGCGCCCCCCAGCCCUGGCAAGCCGGCGUCGGCUGUGCCGCCGCUCCUCCUCCGCCAGCAGCACCAGUCCUACAGCGGCAGCGGCGGUGCGGCCAGCAGCGGCGCCAGCAGCGCCGGGGCGGCCGGCGCUUGCCAUACCGUCGCCCACGGUGCGCGGACCCACGGCGGCGGCGCCGCCGCCGCCGCCAUGCCCGCCACCACCUGGUUCGCAUCCGCUUCAGCUGCCGGUGGCGCUGGAGACGGAAACGCCAGGGCCGAACCCCCCGCCGCCGUCUGGGCCGCCGCCGCGCCGCCGUCAGGCCAGCCCCUGGGCACCGGUGGUGCUACAGCCGCUGUUGCUCCUGGCGGUGCUACAGCCGCUGUUGCUCCUGGCGGUGCUACAGCCGGUGUUGCUCCUGGCGGUGCUACAGCCGCUGUUGCUCCUGGCGGUGCUACAGCCGGUGUUGCUCCUGGUGGUGCUACAGCCGGUGUUGCUCCUGGUGGUGCUACAGCCGGUGUUGCUCCUGCUGCUCCUGCUGCCGUUACUGCUGGUGGUGCUACAGCCGGUGCUGCUGCGUUCGCGCCGCGCAUCUCGUCACUGGCCUCCUCCGGUGGUCCGAACCGCUCCGCCAGCUUCAACGUCAAGCUCCCGGCGUUCAGGCAGCGCCUGGCCGGCCUCUCCUCCGGCAAUCUGCAGAUUGGAGGGCCCUUGGACCCUGCCUCACCCUCCGCACUCUCAACCACCCCAGCCGCCACCGCCGCCCCAGCAGCCGCACGCUUCAGCUCCACCACCACACGUGAAACAUGGCCGCAGACCUACGGCAGUGCCAGCACACCGCAGCUGUGUGAUGCGCGGGUAUCGGACAUGCUAGGAGCUGCUGUCGAUGUGGGCUCGCCCGCUGGCGCUUCCGUCGGCGGGGGCCUGCCGGGGGGCAGCAAGCUUGCCGCGCGCACGCCCAGCUUUCGCAAUGGCGGCGCUCGCGUGCCAUUGCACAGUGACAGCUUUGCGGAUGGCUGCAGAGGCAACAGCUACAGCAACAGCUAUAGCUACAGCGGCAUCGGUGGCGGCUGCCUUACUGCGGAUCCCGGCGGCAGUCCCGCAGCGGGCGGCCGGCCUCAUCCGCCCGCUCAGCGGGUCCCCGGCGGCGCCAGCUGGGCUGGGACGCCGUUUGAGGCGGCGGGGGUGUGGGCGGCGGCAGCUGCCACGUCAUCAACCGCCGCCGCCGCCACGGCCCCCGGCGCCUCGGCAGCGGCGGCGGCUCAGGCCAGCCCCGGAAGCCCAUGCUUCCAGCGCUACUCCACGCCCGCGGCCCCGCUCCCGCCGUCCUCGCCCUCGGCGGCUGCAGCGGCGGCGGCGGCGGCGGCUUCUCGUCACCUGCACAGCCAGGCCCAUGUGCGCCAGAGCUUCGGCAGCUCGCACCGCGCGCCACCUUCUUAUCCGCAACUGACAUCGCCUGCAUCGAUCUCUUUGGCAUCUUCGCCCGUCGGGACCGGCGGCGGCGGCGCCGCCACCAGAGGCGGCUCACUAGUCGCGGCGCUGACGCAGCACAGCCGCAGUGUCAGUGGCCGUGUGUCGUGUGAGAUGGCCAGGGCGGACGCCGCCUCCCACUCGGGUGGCGUCGCGGCCGCGUCGGCGGCGGCGGCGACUGGAGGAGCAAGAGGAGGAGCAGGAGGAGCAGGAGGAGGAGUGGAAGAGAGAGCAGGGAGCAUCAACGGGAUGUGGCAGUCUUCAGCCAGCCGAGCACGCACGGCGGCUCUGGCGCUGGCAGCGGAGCCCGGCGGCACUAGCCAACACCACCGACACCACCAGCAACAGCAACACCAGCAGCAGCAGCAGCAGCAGCAGUUGCCGCUGCAGUCGUUGCGGCAGCCCACGUCGCGUCUGGGCGGCACCCGCGCGUCGGUGGACAUUCCCUCGGCCGCGUAUGUGGGCCAGCAGAACCGCUCGAGCAAGUGCGGCAAUGGCCGCUUCUCCUUUGAGUCCCAGCUGGGCUCGCCGGCGGUUGCGGCUGCCGCCGCGGCGGCGGCAAGCCUGCUGUACUCGGAUCCCAGGGCCGCCAUGCAGGCGCUAAUGAUGGGCGGUGGGGCCGAGGGAGGCGCGGGGCUUGGGGGCGGAAGCGGAGGCGGAGGCGUCGGUGGUGGCGCGUGGUCGGCCAGCGGUGGUGCCGCAGCGAGCGGUGGUGAGGGCGGCAGUGGGCGGUCGCUGCAGGUUUCUAACAGCGUGGCUGGCAGGCGGCGUGCCCCAACGCCGGUGCCGGACGACGAGCUGCCUCUUUACAUGAGGUUUGAGCUGCCGGCGGGCAUGUUGCCGCCGCCCGACGACUCGUAGUUCGGAUAUGAGUAAUUUCUUUUUGUAGUGGGGUGUGGGUUUGUGUAAAGUAGUGGAUUUCUUGAUGCGGCGGCGGCACCUCCACAGUCAACACUGAAACACAUGUCUUCUCUGAGCAGUGUUAACUUUGGAACUUGGUUGAAUGCGUACUGACCUCUGUGAAUUCAAGUUGUACUACGGUAUAUGAUGCGCAGUGAAAUGAUCGUUAAUGGGGCACCAGCACCGCGCGUGGAAGAGCGCAUUGCUAGGGGACUUUCCUUGUACGUGACGGACGCCACACCACGUGUGCGGACAUAGUGCUUUUGGUCUCCCAUGCCGUUAUGUCUUAUGAUUUACUGUGCAGGAUGCAGGUCACUUCGGCCGCUGAAGUUGCGAGAAGAAAUCCUGUGGUCUGUGGCAGCCACGUAUUCGCUGUGCGCCUGCGUCUUGUGAAGCCAACAAAGCUACUGGCACAGGUGCAAGACUCCGCCUUGUACGGUAUGGCACGGACUCUACUGACGUGUGCUUCAUGGCUAGCCCGCAAAGCUGAUGCUCUAACACUUGACGCCGGAUGCAUUGACAUUUAACGCCAUGGUGGCCUUUCUGUCCGUUGCGUGGGUUGCACGGGUUGCAUGGGUUGGUUACGUGUCGUCUGUGCAACAUUCGGCGUGGCUUGCAGCGUGGUGGAAGGCGUGUGAGCGGCCCCCUUUGCCCUGCACGCCAAACGAACCGACCAAAGCUACGGUAUGCUAUACGAGGUUGGCUACAUACGGUAGGUACCAGAUUGGCUAUAAAUUGGUACCUGCUGUCCAAUCGGGUUGAUUGAGUCUGAUUGUUUUUUACUCUCGUGGUGUGAACGUCAAGGGGGAGGGGCUGUGCGCGUUCGGUGUUACAUGGAGGACUGAUAGGUGAAAUGGCACGCAUUUCCUGAUGGGGUGAGGGUGAGGUCUGUGUGCCCAAGCCUUGCACCGGUAAUACGGUAGGUCCCAGUCACCAAUAUUUCUGCCAUAGCACGGUCUAGCAUUACGAUGGCGGUAAAGUGCUGUUAUCACAGGGGCUAUGUCCGGGGGCUAUGUCCGGGCGAUGAGGAUAGCCGGGCGAUGAGGUUGUUCGGCCUCAGCCUGUGGAGGGGCUCAGCCCCUUUUCCCGUGACCGGGGAACACUCGUCACAGGGAGCUGGGGCACUGAGGGAAGUGGCUGCGGAGAGAUCCGCAGUACCAUAGUGAAGGAAGGAUGACCGACAUGGCUUGCGCACGCAUUGGGCCUUGACAUGUUGGGCUGAGGCAAUGUUUCUUGACACGAAACACGCUUGUACGCCUACAUGCUUGUAAAGUUUGAUGUUGUGCCGCUGUUGCUGUGCACUUUGGCCGCUGAAGCUGUAAGAAGACUUCCUUGCUUACUGCAGCAGUAUUCGGUGUUCGCUGUGCGGUUGCGUGUUGUGUUGCUUGCAAGCGAAGCCAUGAAACGGCCUUGACGCUUUUGCACUCUGCGCAUGAGUUGUUGCAGGGGUCUGUUCCUCUGAGUUGCUUGGUGUCUAAAGCGCUGUUGUGAAGCCGGCAAAGCUACCGGCAAGAGUGCAAAACUCGGCCUUGUAUGUGUGCGCAUCUCUGGCGCAGACUCUACUUACAUGUGUUUCAUGGCUAGCCCACGACGCUGAUGCUCUAACACUUGACGUCGGAUUCUUGAUACCGUACUUCAAGCCAUGGUUGGCCUUACUGUCCGUGUUACGGUUGGUUACGCGUCGUCUGUGUAACAUGGGGGCGUGGCUUGCAGCGUGGUGUAACUGUCGAAUGCUUAUGAGCAGCCCCCUUUGCCCUGCGCGCCAAACAAAGCAACCAAAGCUGCAGUAUGCCAUACCAAAUUGGCUAUAAAUUGUUGCCUGCUGUUCAAUCGUGUUGAGACUUAUUGUUUAUUAUCGUGGUGUGGACGUCAAUGGAUGCGGAUUACAAUUGAAGGGACAGCCCGACAAGCGGGGGCACGCCGUACCUACGCCGCGAAGGGCCAUCUGCGACCCAGAGAAACAACACCCGCCCCCUGGUUGGCUGCCGACCUUCAUAGUGUUACGCACAUGAGUCGAAGCCAAGCCGAAGCCCGCCAAAGCCCCACCGCCACGUAACACCCCUCAUCUCGUUUAGGUCUUUUGGCGGCAGCACCAACGCACAACAAGGCGCGACAGGCCAGAGGUCUGCCGAUGACAUCCCCAUCAAACGCAAGCACCACACAUUUUCUCGUCGGCGUCACAGACGCGCAAUGUCUUGGCCCGGAGGCCCAUGUCCGGAAACAAUGGGGGGGCUGUGCGCGUUCGGUGGUACAGUUCGGAGGACUGAUGGGUGAAUUGACACGCAUUUCAAAUGAGGGUGAGGUCUGUGUGCCCGAGCUCAACACCGGUAAUAGGUCCCAGUAACCGAUGUUUCUGCCUAGCACGGUCUAGUAUUACGAUGGCGGUAAAGUGGUUUUAUCACAGGGAGCUGGGGCACUGAGGGAAGAGGCUGCAAGGAGGUCCAUCCGCAGUGCCAUAGUGAAGGAAGGGUGACAGGCAUGGCUUACGCAUUGGGCCUUGGCUUGUUAGGCUGAGGCAAUUGUGCUUGACACAAAACACGCUGUUCAUGCCUACAUCCUUGUAAAGUUUGGUGCUGCGCUGUGUGUUGCUUAGCUGGGGUGCGAUAGCGGGCGGGGCGCACCACAUGCAACUGAAAUAAACAGCUGGAGCAGCGUCCAUCUGGGCGGUUGUGCAGGUCUGCGCAAGUAGGUGAAGGCGUUUUGUACUUUUGCGCUUGCGUACGCCAGGCCGCAAGCCAUGCAAGGGCAUGCAUGCAGCCUGCACAAAAGGAAAGGUGGUAAGGACGUAAGGUGUGGGCUUCAAGACCACAUGGCUCGACAUGAUGCGGAGCGACGGGCCGUGUGUGCUAUCUGCCUUGGCGAAAUCGAGC